AUGUCCCAUAUCAGGAAGUAUUCGGUAGCCGUCGGACGCGAGAGAGGCUAUCGAAGGACAAAGAAUGUAAAACGCCCAAGGCCGUCAGCUUCAAAAGCGGUAUGUCCGUUAUCUAUAGUGUUGAUUUUUGAAGCACGGUGGCAAACAAUCGAAAUUCACUCGCAGUCUCGUGCGUGAAAUUGUUGGCUUCGCCCCUUACGAGCGUCGCGUUCUCGAGUUGUUGAAGAACGACCGGGAGAAAAGGGCUUUGAAGUUUACAAAGAAACGCAUUGGUGGUCACCGCAGGUCUAAGAGGAAGAGGGAAGAACUUAUGGCUAUCGUCAAGAGCAUGCGUCACAAGUGA